GACUUCAGUUGUCACUGCGACGCCAGUGGAACAACAUUGUGUUGUGUAAUUUUUUCUCUAGGAAUCUGAAUUGUUAAGUUAUUCAUACUGUUACUCACGCGUUGUUAGUUCCAUAGAAAAACGAUGUUUUUGUGUAAGAAUAGAAUUUUAAUAAAUUACCAUCGGACUAGAUUCAACAAGUGUUCUUCAUUCAAGUGCUUCGUACAAUUUUUAAGUAAAAAACCUUUUCAUCCUCGGUAAAUUUGCUUUUCUAUGUGGUCAAUGCUACAAAACACUUUAAUGUAAAUAUCUAAUUAAUCUAAAAUGAAGGUGUAUUUGAAUAUUUUCAUUCUUUCUACUUUUUAAUUAUAUCUCAUUUAUAUUUAUCAUUGUUUAAUAGUUUUCUCCUAUGUAAAAUUGAAUCAAUGGUGAGAAACAAUAAUCAGUGCUAAAUUAUGUAACUGGACAUUCAGUGAAUACUAAUUGUACAUUUUAUCUAAAUUUGACUGGUCGAGGAGUCACACGUGCCGAGUAAUAAAUCCUGCAAGGACGAUAGCUGUGGUAUGGGAAGGAAAUCAGUGGGCAUUUACUGUCUUCCACAAUCCUAGGCGUUCGCGAAUCUUCUAGAGUUCAGUAAACUCCUGGUCACGGUGACGUGACUGUGAGCGCCGCAUAAAGGAGCUUAAUGGAGAAAUGACUUAUUUCCAGCCGUAACCCGAACACCGGUCCGAGCAUAGGUAGGUCACAGCAUUGUACAGAGUCGCAACGCGCCACGGUUUCAUUGCGUUGCGUACCAUAUUGCGCAACACCGGUCGGUAUCUAUUAACUUCAGAUCUGGUAUCGUGAAAGUAAAGCGCCGCUCACAGUCGCCUAAUAGAAGAUCCAGACGUUUACGGGGUGACGGAUAGUGGGCGCACGUGACUGGUCACGUGGAUAGAACAUCAGAGAAAUCGAGGAACGCUGAUCGUGGUGAUUCUUCGACUGUUUUCCUUCGUUUAAACCCAGAUAGAGAAUUCGACGCGUGACUUACGAUACAUCAAAGGAGAUUAAGAGAAAUUUCUCUUUGAUCCAUCGUCUGCAAAUCAGCCGUUGUGAUUCAUACAAUGAUCGCGUAAGGUGCAGGUGUGUUUGCGGGAAGUGGAAGAUUUGCGGUUUGAAGAUCAAGGAGGUGUAAUUUCUCUGCCCGUCGCAAGGGGAAACCUUGAUAUGAGCUGACACGGCUGUUCAGCCGCCGGAAGUGGUAAGAAGAGCAAGAACCGCAGGAUGUCUGGCGAGAUGCGCGCGCAGCCCUUAGACACAACUACGUACGGUGGUAGCAUAAUGCAGCCCGACGAGGAGAUUCAGUACGCGCCAAGGAGUCGUCCUGUUAGCUUUUACGAUAAUUUUAAGGACGUGCCAAUGGUGGCACCUUGCGUGACUUCCGCUCUAAGCGCCGACAAUUUGAAUCAGGUUCGUGACAACGGUAUUAGCUCGUCGAUGGCCACGGCCAAUAACAACAAUAACAACAAUCGAGUGAGUAGCGCAGUCAGUGCUGGUAACGUGUCGAAGAUCCAGAACGCCAAGGUCACCGGUGCAGUAUCGACAGGGAACAUUGGGAAAAUCUAUCGGUUAGAAAAGGAAAAAGAGUUGGGUCGCGCCCCGUCAAUGGCCAAUUGUUUGUCAACCACGGUUCCCGUUAACUUGGCAGCCGCUCAAAUUGCUGGUCGGCACACGCCCACAAGGAAUUCCCUCAGGCACAGCAGGAUGAUCGUAUUGCAUCGCAGCGGUCAUCGACCUCAAAAAUUCCUACCGCCGUUGGUUUAUCACUGGCGGUUAGGACGGUGUUUAGCAGCGUUGCAAACGAUUCUCGGUGUCGCGAUAACUUCGUUAUCAUUAUGGUUAUUACUUUGGGCACCUCAUCUACCUGUGGCGGAUAAUCCCUAUUGGAGUGGAAUGCCGUUGUUACUUUCGGGUAGCUUCGGUAUUUGCUUGCUGUGUUGUUUCAAGAAGGAGUACCCCGUCAUGAGUCCUGGAUUGUGUCUCACUUUGAUCAAGGUAAUCAGCGUGCUACUGGCAACUCUAGCAACAGUGACCUGUUCCAUCGCGUGUGUAUUCUCUGCGAUACACCUGGCGCGUUUAAUGGGCCUGGAAUGCAACCCAGCGCGGGUAUUAAACGCUACCUGCGUGUGCAGGCCUCGGGGGAAUACGUCGAACUUCACCGAAUCGGCAGUUAGAUACAUAGAUUUGAAUUGUCCCGAAGUAGAGAGUAUUUUGAUCAUUCUUCUCAUCUUUUCCUCCACUUGCAACGCCCUUGGAGCCUUAGUAUCGGGCUGGUAUACCUACCUACAUUGGAGUACCAGACACAAAAGGCCAAAAUACAUGCAAGUGAGAACCACUCCCAUCAGUGGGAACAACUUCCUCAGCAGCAGGCCAAUAUACAAUCCAAAUCUGAACGAACGAUGACAGUCUUCACAUGAUACUGACGAAGAAACAUCGUAUCUUCGUUAUUCAUCAUUAACGAUGGAUGAUGGAGUAUUCUGAAGGUGUUUCGAAAUUAAUGACAGUUUCUCCCGGAAAUUUAGCAGUGGAUGUUACACAAACGACAAUAACGGUGAUUUUACUUUAAAAAACUCAUUGGAAGAGCUCUUUUAAUAUAUGUGUUUUAAUACGACAACGGACUAAUAACGAAAUACUUCUGUUUAUGUUGAGGAUACAUACCAAAAGUAACACGUUGAAAUACGUGUGAGCUAGUCUUGGAUAAUAAAAUAGAUCUACAAGUGGUUCUCAAGCGAACGUUUGUAAUACAGUAUGUAUAAACUUAGGGAAGAUUAGAAUGAUUGAUAAGAAAUCAUAUUUAUAAUUGAUUAAAGUGGUAUUUAAUAGGUGAAAGUCAGGAAGACUAGGAUAAUGAUCGUGUAAUUGAAUUUACUAAUUAUUUAAAAAUCUUCUUAAUGUGUUCUUAAUAUUUAUUACAUCAUAACUAAGCAGUACAUUGCUAAAUAGGUAGUAAUUGGUAUAUUUUUAAGAAGGAUGAAUGUAAUUUGUUGUUAACAUGUCAAGUCAUGUAAUGUAACUUUUGAUAAUUCAUCGAUAAUGUAGAAAAACUUCAUAGGUUAUAAUAUCUGAACUAAAACAAAUUCUCUUUUACUAAAGAAUAACAUAUUUGAGUAGUUUCAUAUUAUUAUUAUAAGGUUAAUUAAAAGGAAACAAGCUCUUUUCGAUGGUAGAAACGCAUUCAGAAGGAAAUCGAGUCAGAACUUGAUUCCUGCAAAGUAAUUUUCACGAUUAAUUUCCGUGUGGAUCGUCAGUAUUUUAGGUGUAUUAUAGUAAAGAAAGCAAGUGAAUGUAUCGCGCGCGCGCGUUUGUGUGUGUGUUCGUUCAUUCGUACGUGUAUCGUGUUUGUAAUGUAAGCAAGAAAUAAAUUAGGAGCGUGAGUGAAACGCUUUUUAAUUUCUAUACUUGUA